AUGCCCUUGAGUAAAAUUCCCGAAGCAAUGGAUAUACCCGAUCUUGCAAAAGGGUAUCACCCCCAUUUUUUUACAGACUUAAAUUAUGUGGGGCCCAUGGUAGGGUUGGAGUAUUUUGAUUUAAGUCGCGAAGAGGAUAUGGAAGCAUUUAAUAAAUGGUACGAAAUUCAAAAAACAAAAACGUAUAUAUUUCGCGAUGCCGUUUAUUACUAUUGUCGUUUGGACGUGGAUAUUUUGCGGCAGGGGUGUGUGAGAUUUGCACGUCUCAUCGUAAAUAUUACGAAAAUUUUUCCAUUUUACGAUCGCACAUGUCACACCAUCGCGGGUUUAGCAUUGAAAAUAUACCGUGCUAAUUUUUUAAAAGAAGACGUCAUCGGACAAAUCCCUCCGACGGGUUACGGCGGGAAUGUUAACCAAAGUAUUAUAGCGUUGCAUUGGCUCGAGGAGAUUCGUGAAAAUCUUGAAGCGCAAAGCUAUUCGUUGCGAAGUAAGUUGUCGCCUGAAGGAGAGGAAAAUAUUUUAAAUUAUUUUGUGGACGGCUAUUGUGCUGAAACGAAUACGAUUUAUCAAUUUCAUGGUUGUUUUUUUCAUGGUUGUAGCGAAUGUUUUGAAAGCGGUGAUAUAAACAAAGUGAACGGGCAACGAUUUUAUGUACUGCGUGAAAAAACUCGUCGAAUCACGGAUCUUUUUAAAGAUUAUCAUUUUACAGUCGUGGAAAAAUGGGAAUGUGAAUACAUUCAAGAAUGUAGUUUAUCGCGAAAUACCAUUCUUGAAUUGGGUCACGUGAAAUAUUUCACUUACAUCAAUUUAAAUCCUCGUGACGCCUUAUUUGGCGGGCGGACGUCACCGGCGAUACUAUUUUAUGAUGUCAAGGAUUCGGAACAGAAACUUCGUUAUUACGACUUUACUUCCCUAUAUCCGUAUGUUCAAAAAAAAUAUCGGUAUCCGACAAAACAUCCGGAGAUUACGCGAGGUGUUGACAAAUGUGCAAAAUUAAAUGUUUCUCAAAUUUUCGGGUUAAUUAAAUGUAAAAUGUUAGCACCACGUACUAUGCUAUUUCCCGUAUUACCCAUACGGCUAGAAAAAUUAACGUUUGCUCUUUGUCCGACUUGCGCACGCAAUCAAUGCGACAAGUGUACACACGAUGACGAGCAACGAGCACUGUAUGGCACGUGGACGAGUGUAGAAGUUCACGUGGCGCUCGAACACGGAUAUAAAAUACUUGCUAUUUACGAAGUUUAUCAUUAUACUCAUAGUGCUAAAAUUUUUGAUCUGUACGUCGAUACGUUCAUGAAAUUAAAACAGGAAAGUAGUGGUAUGCCACGUCAGUGUAUAAAAGACGAUGGCAGCGUCGAUAAUGUAAAAUUACAAGCAUACAUACAAGAGUAUGCAGAUCACGAACAAAUUUACUUAGAUGCUUCGAAGAUAGGGCAUAAUCCCGGGCAACGUACGGUCAUGAAAGCUCUUUUAAAUUCGUUAUGGGGGAAACUAGCACAGAAUGAAGACACCACCGUGGUGUCGUUUCUCGACGAUUUUGACGAUUUGUUAGAUUUGGUAAACGAUAAAACAAUCGAG